AUGCUCAACCCUCUCCACGCAGGCCAGACGUGGUCAUCUACACCUUGGAGCUCAGAUGUUGCCUCUUCCUCCUCUUCUUCGCAUCAGCCCAUCACACACACUUCUCAGCCCAUUGUCACUGGUACCUCUGUGCUGGGUCUCCGCUACAAGGAUGGUGUGAUGAUGGCUACCGACACACUCGCUUCAUACGGAUCGAUGGCGCGCUUCAUGAACAUUCAGAGGAUGCAUCCCUUGGGUGAACACACAGUCUUGGGAGCAAGUGGAGAUAUGAGCGAUAUGCAAUAUGUCCUACAUGAGAUGGAUAAGGUCCUACUGUCCGAGUUCAACCAAGACGACGGCCAUUCCCUCACACCCCAGCAGCUCUACGCCUGGCUCGCCCGUCUCAUGUAUAAUCGGCGCUCCAAGAUCGACCCUCUCUGGAACUCCUUCAUCGUCGGUGGCUAUACCCCUCCCUCUACCUCCUCUGGUGAAGGGCCCGAGGCCAAGGGCAAGCCCUUCCUGGGUUUCGUAGACCUGCUUGGCGUGACGUACCAGAGCUCGACGAUUGCCACUGGAUUUGGAAUGCACUUGGCACAGCCGCUGCUGAGGACUGCUGUGGAGGGCAAGGAGGACGUGUUGACAGAGGAGCAGGCUAGAGCGAUCCUAGAGGGAUGUAUGAAGGUCUUGUUCUACCGCGAUGCCCGCUCUCUGAACCGGUUCCAAAUCGCCACGAUCAACUCCUCAGGCGUGUCCAUCUCCGAGCCCAAGUCCGUGCCCACCUCGUGGGGCUUCGCAGAGGGACUGAGGGGGUAUGGUCCGCAGACGCAAUAA